CGCGCCCUCUGGCCGGACGCCCAAGGCUUCCGCGAGAUUUUCGGUGGGUGUACGGCUGCUUUACGCCACGGCGUUGCUGCGUUUGGGUUCUCUUCUGCAGGCUCUGUGCACCUGGUCACGAUUCACCAUGUACCACAAUAGUAGCCAGAAGCGGCACUGGACUUUCUCCGGUGAAGAGCAGCUGGCAAGAUUGCGGGCCGACGCCAACCGCAAAUUCAGAUGCAAAGCAGUUGCCAACGGGAAGGUUCUUCCGAAUGAUCCAGUCUUUCUUGAGCCUCAUGAAGAAAUGACACUCUGCAAAUACUAUGAGAAAAGGUUACUGGAAUUCUGUUCAGUGUUUAAGCCAGCAAUGCCAAGGUCUGUUGUGGGUACAGCUUGUAUGUAUUUCAAGCGUUUUUAUCUUAAUAAUUCAGUAAUGGAAUAUCACCCCAGGAUAAUAAUGCUCACUUGUGCAUUUUUGGCCUGCAAAGUAGAUGAAUUCAAUGUAUCAAGUCCUCAGUUUGUUGGAAACCUUCGGGAGAGUCCUCUUGGACAGGAGAAGGCACUUGAACAGAUACUAGAAUAUGAACUACUACUUAUACAGCAACUUAAUUUCCACCUUAUUGUCCACAAUCCUUACCGACCAUUUGAAGGCUUCCUCAUUGACUUAAAGACCAGAUAUCCCAUGUUGGAGAAUCCAGAGAUUUUGAGGAAAACAGCUGAUGACUUUCUUAAUAGAAUUGCAUUGACGGAUGCUUACCUUUUAUACACACCUUCCCAAAUUGCCCUGACUGCCAUUUUAUCUAGUGCCUCCAGAGCUGGAAUUACUAUGGAAAGUUAUUUAUCAGAGAGUCUGAUGCUGAGAGAGAACAGAACUUGCCUGUCACAGUUACUAGAUAUAAUGAAAAGCAUGAGAAACUUAGUAAAAAAGUAUGAACCACCCAGAUCUGAAGAAGUUGCUAUUCUGAAACAGAAGUUGGAGCGAUGUCAUUCUCCUGAGCUUGCACUUAAUGUAAUCUCGAAGAAGAGGAAAGGCUAUGAAGAUGAUGAUUAUGUCUCAAAGAAAUCCAAACAUGAGGAGGAAGAAUGGACUGAUGAUGACCUGGUAGAAUCUCUCUAACCAUUUGAAGUUCAGUUGUCAAUGCUAACUAAUCAAGAGAAGUAGGAAGCAUAUCAAAUGUUUAACUUUAUUUAAAAAGUAUAAUGUGAAAACAUGAAAUAUAUUAACCUAUUUGUUUUUUCCCCCCUUUCACCGUAACUUUAUGUAAAAUAAAACAUCUUCAAAAGAGCUAGAAUAGCACUUGUUUCGGAUAUUCUUAUUCCAUUAUGACUCAUAUCAAAUUAAAGCUGCAACUUAUUUGCCUAAUCAUUUUUUUAAGCAAAAUAUGAUAGGUAAACCUAUGCUUUUUUUAAAAAAAGGCACCAUAAAAAACAAAAUUCAGUAGCCAACUUUAAAAGUGUUGUAAGGAAUGUGUUUUGUCCUCUAGAAACAUUUACAAAUGGUUUUUUGAAUGGCAUCCUGAUAUAUUUAGCUAUUUUUGCAUUACUAUUAAACUGCAGAAGGUAUUUCAACUGUUACAUGGUAAUGAAAGCUAGUCAUCUGGGUAAUGAAUAUUACUUGUUUUCCUUCGUUACCCGAAAACAUUUCCAAAUGGGUUUUUUUAAAUCAAAUACAUGAUUUUGAAUAGCUGUCAGCAUAAAACUCUUAGGCUGGUAUAGAUGAGUAGGUAGCGCAAAUUGUAUAUUCAGUUGUGGUAUUUUAAUUUUGUUUUGAGGUAGGGCCUUGCUGUGUUGCCCAGGCUGUCUCAAACUCCUAGGCUCUAGCAAUCCUCUGCCUCAGUUUCCUGAGUAACUGGGCCAACAGGCACAUACUACCAUGGCCUUAGAAGUAACCUGUUACAUCACCUGUAAGUGAGUCCGUGUAAGUAGAUUAUAACAACAGUUACUAGGAAUUUUGCAGAUUAAAUAUGUUCAAGAAAUGUAAUUCAGAUUGAAAUGAGCUGAUAUAAAAAUAUAAAAGCACAGACUAUGACAGCAAAUUACUUUUAGAUAUGAAUCAUGGCUGCCUCUAUUUCAGUAUGUGACCUUGGUAAGUUAUUAAACCUCUGUGUGCCACUUUCCCACACCGAAAUAUAGGGAAGACAAUAAUGCCUACUCCUUAUAGGAUUAAUCGGAAUAGUACUUGCAUACACUAAGUAUUCAGUAAAUGUUGGCUAUUAUAGUUGGAACCAAACUGCGGACGUCGGUAUAUCAAGCCAGAUUUUUUCCAAGAAAACUGGCUUGAAAGAAUUCUGAGAAAUUCGUGUCCUGAAUCUAAUUAAAUUGCACGAAUACACACACCUCUUCAGUCUCAGUACAUCCCAGGCUAUACUUUCCAGAAGGGUAGGUACCAUUAUAAUUACAUCUUUAUAUUUUAAGGCAGUACUUAAUGCAUAUUUCUCUCUCUCGCUAACAAUCCUUCAUAUUGUAGGUUUGAGUUUUGUGGAGUUUUUUUCCCUUCUCAUUCUGGAGUGAAAGGAAUAAACUCAUGAUGUGAGAUUUUGCAAAAGCAGAGUGGAAGAAGCCAAAAGUUGUAAAUCCUCCAUUGUAGUCUUAGUUAAGUACAUUGCUGCUAGGCUGUAGACAGAAUUGCAAGAUGUUCACAAUUUGUCUCAUUUUCCCUUUCAGAUCGCCAAACUUUGGCAUCAGAGCAAGGUCCACACUUACCACUGAAAAUUUUCCCACCCAGCCCCAUUAAAAAAGUUAAAGUUUGAGAGAUUUUAUUUCAACACUGACAAGCUAGUUACUACCUACAAAGGAGGAAGAUCACUAAAGGAACAAGGAGAAAAAGAGUUAAGAAAAUGUUUUAACAUCAAACUACUUUAUUCCUUUAGUUCUAAUAUCAAAUAAGCCCCCUAUUUCAGCUUAAAAAAAAAAUUAUUUCUACCAUUAUCUUCUUGGAGAAAUACACCUUUUCUACCAUAAAACAAUGAUACAGAGAAAAAGUCGAGAGGAAAAUUCUUUAUUCAUGUAAGUAAACAACUGUCACUACUCAAAUCAAAACCCUGCAUGUUAUAUAAUGCUUAUCUAGAAGAUUUUAUUUCUAUAAAAUAGAGUUCCAUGGCUAAAACUUUUUAAAACACUGACUCUGCCUUCUUAUUUUAUAGGAAAGGAUACAAAUAUAAAAAAUACUAAGUCAUUUGUCAGUUUAGAUCAUCUCCCUUCUACUGUCAGGUCCUCUUUCUCUGCUGCAGUCAAAUGCUCUACCACUGAGCUAUACCCCACUAGGUCCUCUUUCUCUCUUGCCAUGUACUACUUGUGUGGCCUUGGACAAAUCAGUCCCUGUAAGCCUCAUUUUUCUAAUAUGUAAGUAGAAAGUCUACACUACAGAUUUUCAUAAGGAUUACAAACUAGUUGUCCCUCAGUAUCUGCGGGACUGAUCCCAACCCCUCCCCUUCUCUGUCCUGGCAGAUAACAAAGCCCAAGGAUGCUCAAGUCCCUUAUAGAAAAUAACAUAGUACCUGCAUAAAAUCUCUGCACACCCUCCUAUAUGCUUUAAAUCGUCUCUAGAUUACUUGUAAUACCUAAUACGAUGAACAGCAUCAUUGUGAUACUAUAUUUUUAUUGUAUUUUUUUCUGAAUAUUUUUGACCCACGAUUGGUAGAUUCCACUGAUGCAGAACCCAUGAAUGGGGGGGUCAACUGUAUAUGUAGAUUACUGAAUCUCACUGUCUACUGAUACAUAAAAAGUGCUUGAGAGAUGUUAGCUAUGAUUAUAUUAUACCUGCAUAUGUCAAUUUAAUGGCUCAAGUUUCAUACAAAAUACAACUUGCUCUUAUUUGCGAAAAUCCAAUCUGAUUUUUUAUAGCUUACAAAUGUUACAAUGUUAUGAACACAUGGUGAUUGUGUGUAUAUUUAAAUUUCCUUGGGCAACAGCCAGACUUUGGGUUACAGGGACUAUUUAGUCACUAAAUAUCAACCAUUAUCCACUCCCAGUAGAACAGUAUAUUAAUCACUCAGCUUAUCAGAUAGUCACAUGAAGAAAACAGACGACACUUUGGUCAGUAAAUAAGUAUUGUACCAAACUUUCUUUAAAAACCUCAAGUAUGUCAAAAUUUGCCUAACUUCUUCCAAUUAUACAGGGAUUACUAUAAAGAAAAAAGCCAAUAAAUGGAGGUUAUAAAGUUACCCUUCUACAGGCAAAAAAGAGAAAGCCUACUCUUCACAAAUGAAAGUAAUAGGCAUGUUAUGGUUUCAAAUAAGAUUAAAUAUCUCCUAAGAGUUAAGCGGUACAUUUCAAAAGCUGUUCUUCAGAAUGAAAAUCCCAAAAAAGUUUAUUGGGAUUAGUACUGUAAAUCUGAUGAUCUUUUCAAUGUUCUACUUUUCUGAAAGAAGCCAAAAUAAUUUUUUGAAGGAAAAUUAAAUGCCCAACAGAACAGUUUCUGUUAUGGUGGUAUAGUAUUAUUAUUUUAAGUGGAAGAAUAAAUAAUCUUUCUUAUGUUUUUAACAGUUGGCAUUAUGGACUAAACAUUCUCUUUCAUAAAGAAGUAACGUUUUCCUGCUACUGAAGCAAGUGGCAGCUUAACCCCUCAUAAGAUAUGAUGCCCAAAACAGUUCACAUAAAAAUAAAACAUAAAGGGCAAAAUGUUAAAGCAAAAUGUGACAACUACAAAUCAAAGAAAAUUAAGCUUCACCUGACGAAGGCGUUUAUUGGAUGUCCCUGGACUACUUUUCCGUAAACUGCAAAAUGCCUGCAGAGCUUUCAUCCAAUCCUACAAAGAAAAACAUCAUUUCAAAGAAAUAUACACUAGUUUAUUUGGUUUCCAAAUCAUCAAUCAGUUUUUUCAAAUUCAACAAUUCUUUCCUUCUUUAGACUGCUUUUUCUGUUCUCAGACUAUACUGCACUUUAUUUAUGCCCCAAUAAAACAAUAACCAAAACAAUUAUAAUUCUGUAUAAAUCUUCGUUUGAAUUUAUGUAUUAAAUGCACCAUGAGUGGCCAUUAAUUAGGCAAAAAAUCAAAUUUACAUUAAAGAAAUUGUUUCUCUCAAACACAUACUACCUUGGGGAAAUUAACUGUCUAUGUUUAAUGAAGCUGUUAACACUUGAGGCAAGCUUUGGUGGAAUUUAAUUUGAUACAUUUUGUGAGAAGGGGAGAUGGCUCAUUGCAAAACCAGCUGAUACUGUGAUGACUGAUUCGAUGACAAGGAUGCUAAUCUAUACUUUAGACCAUGAUACAAGUAGAAAUGUAUAAGAGGACUUGGGUUAUUUUUUUUAAGCUUCUCAAAUAUAACAUUAGAUUUAAAAAAUUAUUUCAGCCUAAUAUUCAAAUCAAAUUGCAGCCAUGUUUUUUUUUAAAUGUUUAUCUAGUGCUUUGGGAGAAAGUAGAGAACUACUUAGGUUUAUUAAAAAUAAAUAUAAAUAUUCACUUUGGUUUUUACAUGUUUCUGGAAAGCUGUGUACUACUGCUUUAUUCAAUUAUGUUUUCAGUUUGUUGGCUAUUUCAAUGAAGCUGAACUUUGUCAAUGUUUAGAAAAUGUCUUUAUAUUAGAGCAAAUUAAAACCAAAUCAGUUACCAUAGCUUUUUGAAAUAGAAGAGAAUAACCAGAGACCCCCACAGCUCACCAAAUCAACAAAAACUGGAAAUGCCAUUAAUGGAAAUAUAGAAUAUAGAAAGAUUAUGUAUAAAUACAUUUUUUAAAUGUUAUAAGGCUUAUAAAACAUGCUAAAAUGUCAUUAUGGUAUGUGACAUUUUUAUUCAGAAAGAGGGACCACGAUAAAAUGACUAGAAAAUAGGAUACUGAAGUUUAAAUUUCUAUUCCUAACUCAAUUUCUAACAUUUUAAAAAACCAUCUAACUUACCAAAAUGUUUUGAGCCCUACCUUUCUCAUCUAAAGAUUAGAGAUACAUAGCCAUAAAAAUGUUAUGUGCAUUAUCUGUGAAAUGAGCAUUUAAAUGAGAUAGUUUAUAAAGAUGUGAAAUAUGACAUUUAAUAUGAGCCACAAAACACAGUGGCUUAUUCAAAUUUAUGAGUCUCAUGCUAGGAUCCAGUUUUAAGGGCAUGUUCCUCAUAUCUAGGGUUGGCAAAAUUAUAUUUCCAACAAAGUCACUUUCACUUCUUAACCACCUUUAAAUUCCUUUGAGUAUCAGCAGAAAUUUAGCCAUAUUUGUAUAAAAUACAACCAUAUACUCCAGUAAUAUUACGGUUCAAAGAAAGCAAAA